AUGGACUCUCAGAAGUUCUGCCUCAAAUGGGACUGGUUCCAGGGCAGCGUCACCUCCGUGUUUGACCAGCUCCGCUCUGGAGGGGUGCUGCUGGACGUCACGCUCUGCUGUGAGGGACAGCGUGUUCGGGCCCACAGGAGGAUGCUGUCCGCCUGCAGUCCGUACCUCAGGGAACUGCUGAAGGUAGUGGUCUUAGUCCUCUCGCCGCUGCGGGAACUCACUGAACUACCCUCUCGCCCCGCGCCAUCUGCGCCGUCCUCACCGCCGGCCGACCCGACCAACGAGAACGACACUGACGCCCUCCGGCACUGCUGGCAGAGGAAACUGAAGGAGAGCGUCGCUGCCAGACUACCCGAGGGCACCUAUCUUCACCAGCCGCCGUCCCGGUACAUUUUCCCCGGAGCGGAGGUGCUGGUCGAUCCUGACGACUCGGACAGUGACAGAGACUCGCUGGACUCGGAGCGCGGCAGUGACGAUGAGUCUCCGACCGCUGAGGGCGACCAUCUGAACAACUCCACGGAUACUCCGGAGACGGCUGUCACUCCUACACACACCGACUCCUGUCCUCCAACGCCUCCUGGACGUACUGCAACCUCCGGAGCAUCAUCAGGAGCACCGGGAACGUCUUCUUCAUCACCUGCUGAGGAGCAACCCUCGGCUACACCAGCGGUGAACCCUUCCUCGACAUCUGAUAUCGAUAUGGAGCCAGAAACGGUGGGUUCGCCGGGCUCAGCCCUGAAAAGGCCGAUCAGUGAAACACUAGGUGGAGAGGAGGGGAGCGGUGUGAAGAGACCGCCCCCGCCCCCGCCACCGCUGGAGACAGUGGUGGUGCGCAGAGUGCGUCGGAAAAUGCCACCGGCGCAACUGAGGCGAUCAGCUAAUCUACCGCUUCGGGAUUCGGUAGAACACACCGAAGUUGGGGUCAGUUUAGUGAGUUUUCACGCGAAUACCUACAUUGGAUGGUGACCAUAAAGAUCUAUUUUCAUACAGUGUCCAGUGUGCGUUAACUAGCGUUGUGUCCUAUGACUAGUGCAGUUUGACGGAGUUUGGAUUCAGGAAGUGGAAAUCAUGAAUCCGACCGAUUCGGUUACAAAUCAAUCAUGUGAACUGUUGUGAAGCUAUGAGCCAAUGGUGAGCUAAUUUAGGGCUACGACCUCCAUGGAGCUAUGAGCCAGUGGUUAGGUUCAUUGAUAUUUCAGCUAGUGGUGAGCUAAUUUGGAGCUCGGGGUGAGCUAAUUGGAGAUCUGUUGACCAGGAAUGAUCUAAUAUGAGCUAUAUGAACCAGUGGUGAGCUAUCCUGGAGCCCUGAGCUAGUGGUGAGCUGAUUAAUCCCCUUUGUCGGUAUGUAGCCGAACACGCACCCACCAGAUUACCCAUUUUAUUCGUGACAUCAUGAAACACCGGAAGUUUAUUUUCUUCAGUACUUCUCCUCACUUUAAUCAUGUGUUUCAGAAUAAAAAUAACAAUUUCUCUA